UCACAUAGUACCUGGGACUUCCUGCUAACUAGGUCUCUACCUUGGUCCUUAAACUCUUGGUCGUUAAAUUUCGCAUAUGGCUCCUACGUUACCCGAUGCUGCUAUUACCUCCGAUUUUCCCGAUGCCGAUCCGUUUAGUUCCGAAGAUGCUGACUUCGCUCAAGCCCUAGAGGACGACCUUUGGGACGGAGACGAGGACCUCAAUAGCGAGGAUGGAGAAGAAGGUGACGACUGCUGCGACAGGGAUCCGGAACUCAAAGGUGGAUCGGACGGUGAUGCGGAUUCCGAGGAAAGAUCUGACGGACAGGACGGGGGGGAUCUCAAGCGCGGCGGACGGAAGCGAGGAUUAAAUCCUACGGAUAUCGGCGUCUGUGCGGCUGACGAGAAUAACGAGACCCCUUAUAACGAAUCGGACGGCAAUCCCGGCGGCGACGAACAAAACAGCCGGUCGCAGAAAAGGAGGCGGCUAGGCGACGACGAGCAGCAGUCAGAAGGCUCCUCGAACCCUGCUGCACUAGAGCUUCGAUUUGGAGACCCGCAAUUCACGGGGAGUCUCGGCCUGCUUCCCCCGGAGCUGUACCACCACGUCCUUAAGUUCCUGUCCGCUGAGGACCUGUCAGUGUGUGCGUGCGUGUGCCGCUAUCUCCGCACAGCAUCCUCAGAGGAGCCCCUCUGGCGCCGCGCCUACUGCAUCCGAUGGGGUCCCCCGCCCCCCGCUCCCCCUUCCUCCUCCCGCUCUGCCAUGGAAGGGGGAGGCGGAGGAGGAGGAGGAGGAGGAGGAGGAGGAGGGGUAGGAGGAGCAGGGGGGGGAGUGGGAGGGGCAGGCGUGCACGCUCGCAGCCGUAGCCACUGGAAGGGCCUUUAUUUCGAGAGGGACCGGGGCGAGAUGAAGGAGUUUGUAGCGGACUCCCCUCAGGACUGCAGAGGCUUCUACGCGCAGCUGCAAGCCGCCAAGCGCAACCUGGUGCCCAGGCGGGACCAGGUGUACGAUGAGCUGGUCCACGUCACCUCUGACCUGGCGCGCGCUGUCGCUGAGUGGCGGCAGAAGAACAACCUGCCUGAGCGGGUGGAGGAGGCGCAUACAUGCAGUGGGGGAAACUGCACUUUCCACCGCAUUGGGAAUGUUUUUCUGUGCGAGAAGACAGGCAGGGCGCAUGUGUGUGACGACAACUGUGCAGAAUUGCUAGAGGAUGCAGAGAGCCAGAUGCUGGUGUGUGCCAUAAGCGGGCGCUGUGUCGAUCGCAUGCUGAGUCCUGCGGAGGAGUACGACCACCAGAGGGCUGCAGAAGAAGCAGCAUCAACCUGCCAGCCUGAAGAGCUGAACGAACCCUUCAUGGGCGCGGGCCGAUUCGGGCGUGCAUUUGUGGCGGGAUACUACUCUAGCAGUGAGAGGGACCUGCAUGAGAAGCAAUGGUCGCUUUGUGGUUUCUAGGUUUUCCAACUCUUUGCUGGGCCCAGGAGGAAGCCGAGUUUGUGAGGCACCUCAGAAGUGUAAGAAUUUCGAUUUUAUCACAACAAGAAGAACUGUUUGCUCGGCCCAGGAGGGAGCAGGUGAUUGGUGUGAUGGGUGAAGUUGGUGUGAAUAGUGAAAUGUCAAUACUAGCAGCAGAGUCUGGAGUCCAGAGGCCAAAUCUUCGAAAUAUUGGAGGUUUUGUGGUGGGUUUUCUGUCAAGUCUCUUGAUGUAUGAGGACAAUGCUCCGGAGGUUGGUGACAUGAUAUGGUGCUAAGUUCUUGCCUGUAAGCUUUUGAGUCGACUCAGAAGUCACCUCAUGAUAUGGUCCUAAGAUCCUGCCUUCUAGCUGGUAUGGGUUGCAGCAAUUGACACAUUUGCUUAAUUGUUUGCCAUUUAGACAGGAACUGUGGCAUUAUUACCCUAUUGCACUCAGGUCC